AUGAAUGAUGCUAGUCAAAAAUUUUAUAAUGAUUUACAAGAUGUUAUUAAUCGAAUUUCAACUGAAGAUAUGUAUAUUAUCAUGGACGAUUUUAAUGCAAGAGUGGAAGGGAAAAAACAACAACAGCAGAAUUUAUGUAAUAGUGUUGGUCCUUACACAGUUGAUAUUACAAAUGAAGAUGGAGAAAAGCUGAUUGAUCUAUGUACAAUUAAUAAUAUCAUAGUUACGAACACAUUCCUUAAACACAAAUUAGUACAUCAAACGUCAUGGAUGCAUCCAGGAAAUAAACAAUGGCAUAUGAUUACUAUACAUUAG